CCCCCUUGAUAAAGAGCCUUGCACCCAAAACCACGCCACGAUUGUGUAUGCGGUGAAGCUGUUUUGCCAGAGUUCCUGACGAUAGACACCAAACGGGUCCCAACCACACCUCGAGCCCAACGUCGUCGCCCUAAACGCCGUCAGAAUGCCUGCCGGGAUCAACGAGGUGGCGGGCGUCAAGCGGGACGACGUCCACAAGCAGGUUAAGCAGCUGAUCCAUGAUAUGGUCAACAUCAACGACACCACGGGCGAGUUCCUGAUGACGCUCGAGAACGGCCGCGUCAUCGACACUAAGGGCUGGGAGGACUGGGAGUGGACCCACGGCAUCGGCCUGUAUGGCAUUUGGAAGUAUUAUGAGCUCAAAGGCGACCCGGCCGACCUCAAGGUCAUUGAGGACUGGUUCAAGAACCGCUUCGAGGAGGGCCACAAGGGCAAGAACAUCAACACCAUGGCCGCCCUCCUGACCCUCGCCUACGUCUACGAGAAGACAGGCAACAGCACCUACUUACCCUGGCUCGACAGCUGGGCGGAGUGGGCCUACUACGACCUGCCGCGCACAAAGUACGGCGGCAUGCAACACAUCACCUACCUCGACGUCAAUGACCAGCAGCUCUGGGACGACACCCUCAUGAUGACCGUCCUGCCUCUCGCCAAGAUCGGCCUCGUCCUCGGCCGCCCCCACUACGUCGAGGAGGCCAAGAAGCAGUUUCUCAUCCACCUGCAGUACCUCUUCGACCCCUGCUCCGGCCUCUUCUUCCACGGUUGGACCUUCCACGACGGUGGCCAUAACUUUGCCCGCGCCCGCUGGGCCCGCGGCAACAGCUGGCUGACCAUCGCCAUACCCGAGUUCAUCGAGCUUCUAAACCUCAGCGGCGACGAUUCGCUGCGCUCGCAUCUCGUCAAUACCCUCGACGCCCAGUGCGCCGCCCUCGUGCCCCUGCAGGCUGAGAGCGGCCUGUGGAGGACGCUACUGGACGUCGCCGAGGAGGAGGGCUCCUACGUCGAGGCGAGCGCCACCGCCGGCUUCGCGUACGGCAUCCUAAAGGCUCAGCGCAAGAGAUACAUUGGCAAGGAGUACGAGGCCGUGGUCGUCAAGGCUGUCAAGGCCGUCUUGGACAACAUUAGCCCCGGGGGUGAGCUGCUCAACACCUCGUUCGGCACUGCUAUGGGACACAACCUGCAGCAUUACAAGGACAUUCCGCGGACGAGUAUGCCAUAUGGCCAGGCCAUGGCCAUGAUGGCCCUGGUUGAGUUCCUCCGUGUGUUUGUAUAAACCUAAUGAUAAUGCUGAAUGAAAAAAAAAUAGAAAUAGAAAAGGGAAAAGACAUGAAGAAAAGAGGAAACCUAAAUGAAUGAACAAAAGCAAUGGUCCCGAAUCGUCUUGUGUGUGGCCCCAAGACUUGUUGGCCUUCGGCCUAAUCUCAAGCGCACUAAGACUCCGACUUGGCACGGGUCUUCGCUGGUAGACGUGCGCUCAG